AUGACCGGCUGCUCUGAGAGUGUGGUUAGUGGGUCCUGGCUCUCCACAGGUCAGCAAGGUGGAGGCAAGCCCUUGGUUGCUGGGCCAGAGGAAGAGGAACCACGACCAGGGCCAGCCUCCAAGACCCUGGAUGUCCGGAGUGAGGAGCUGCCACCCUCUGGCCCCAUCUACCGGGAGAAGACAUCGGAGGCCCCUGGAAGAUGUGCUGAGAGCGGGUGCCAGUCCAAGGUUCAACACAGAGACAAAAGUGCAGCCUCAAAACCCCCGCCUGGAGAGGAAGGGUCCUCCAUCCCUGGCAGAGAGGGCAAGAUGGCAAAGAAGUCCUACGUCACAGCGCCCAGCAAACAGAAAAAGCCCAGUUCCCUGGGUCUGGCCUCAACAGCAGCUGCUGCUGCUGUUACUAGCUCAGCCAGCGCCACACACAACCCUGUGCCCUGUGGCUCAGGCCGGGGACCCUGCCACCUGGCCAACCUUCUCAACACAUUGGCUCAGAAUAACCAAAAUGCGGAGAAGAGAAGGCCCCCCCCACAAGUGACUUGCCAAAUUAGGAAAAAGACUCGAACCCUGUACCGCUCAGAACAGCUGGAGGAGCUGGAGAGAAUCUUCCAGGAAGACCACUAUCCUGACAGUGACAAGCGCCAGGAGAUUGCCCAGACAGUGGGGGUCACCCCACAACGCAUCAUGGUAACGUUGGGCUGCUUGGCAGGAUGGUUGUAUGACCUCAGCCUUGCUCAGGCUCUCCAAGUGCCCUCCCCCCCGUAGGUGUGGUUCCAGAACCGCAGGGCCAAGUGGCGAAAAGUCGAGAAACUGAAUGGGAAGGAACACAAGGACGACCACCCGGCCCCGGCCCCGGCCCCUGCCAGUAGUGAGUGCAGAUCCGUGACUGAGCCCCCACCUCCUCCGCCUUCGGACCCAGAGCCAGGGCCCUUCCUGCAGGAGCCACGUCUGGAUACAUAUCCAGAGCCUCCCACGCUGCUGACUUCCGACCAGACACUGGCUCCAACCCAGCAGAAUGAGGGUACCCAGAAGAUGGUGGUGAGCCCACCGCUGUUCAGUCCCCCACCUCUGCAGAGAGCCAACUUCCCGUUUCCCCUCGUCCACGCUCACACCCCCCAGCUGAUGCCUUUACUGAUGGAUGUUCCCGCAAGUAACAGCAGCCACAGGGAUGGGCCCUGUGGGUCCUGGGGCACAAGCGUCUCCCCACCACCUACCUGCUCGUACUUGGAAGAGCUGGAACCUCCGGAUUACCAACACAGCAACCAGCCAGGACCAUUCCCAUUCUCUCAGGCCUUCCAGCCCCAGCUUUUUCAGCCCUCCCAACCCCAAUUCUCCUAUCUUCCCCCUCUCCCCUUCCCCAUGCCCAGUUCACUGACACUUCCACUGCCAGAUGACCCGUUCUUCACCUUUCCUUGCCCUCCCAGUGGCGGGGGGAUGCCACAGGGCUAUUGCCCAGGCCCCCCAUCAGGGCAUAUGCUGCUGCAGCCACCUGCUGGGAAUAUGGGGAUGGUCCCCUGGAAUGACCUCUGCUUACCUGAACUGCCCUUCCCUGGUUCAUUCUGCCCACAAGCUCUCGGACAUCCCCCAGGAGGAGAUGGCUACUUCCCCGACCUCUUUCCAGCUCCCUGCGUCCAGGCUCCAGGCAGGCAGCCUUCACCAGGGCUUGCCCAGCUACCUGCAGGUGCCAGAUCAGGAGUUGGGCCUACACCAGGCAAGAUGCAAGAGGAGCAGGCUGCCGGUGCUCUGGAGCAGCCUUUGUUCCCAGAGGAGGCGAAAGAAGACAAGAACUACCAUGAACCCUAA